AUCCUGUCUCAUCCACAAGUGGAAUGGAGCAAGGAAAAGAAGAGGACUUGAAAGGAAAGCAAGAAAGAAAGAUUGAAGAUCCUGUCUCGAGCACAAGUGGAAUCGAACAAGGAAAAGAAGAGAACUUGGAAUUAAAGCAAGACAGAAAGAAUGAAGAUCCUGUCUCAUCCACAAGUGGAAUGGAGCAAGGAAAAGAAGAGGACUUGAAAGGAAAGCAAGAAAGAAAGAUUGAAGAUCCUGUCUCGAGCACAAGUGGAAUCGAACAAGGAAAAGAAGAGAACUUGGAAUUAAAGCAAGACAGAAAGAAUGAAGAUCCUGUCUCAUCCACAAGUGGAAUGGAGCAAGGAAAAGAAGAGGACUUGAAAGGAAAGCAAGAAAGAAAGAUUGAAGAUCCUGUCUCGAGCACAAGUGGAAUCGAACAAGGAAAAGAAGAGAACUUGGAAUUAAAGCAAGACAGAAAGAAUGAAGAUCCUGUCUCAUCCACAAGUGGAAUGGAGCAAGGAAAAGAAGAGGACUUGAAAGGAAAGCAAGAAAGAAAGAUUGAAGAUCCUGUCUCGAGCACAAGUGGAAUCGAACAAGGAAAAGAAGAGAACUUGGAAUUAAAGCAAGACAGAAAGAAUGAAGAUCCUGUCUCAUCCACAAGUGGAAUGGAGCAAGGAAAAGAAGAGGACUUGAAAGGAAAGCAAGAAAGAAAGAUUGAAGAUCCUGUCUCGAGCACAAGUGGAAUCGAACAAGGAAAAGAAGAGAACUUGGAAUUAAAGCAAGACAGAAAGAAUGAAGAUCCUGUCUCAUCCACAAGUGGAAUGGAGCAAGGAAAAGAAGAGGACUUGAAAGGAAAGCAAGAAAGAAAGAUUGAAGAUCCUGUCUCGAGCACAAGUGGAAUCGAACAAGGAAAAGAAGAGAACUUGGAAUUAAAGCAAGACAGAAAGAAUGAAGAUCCUGUCUCAUCCACAAGUGGAAUGGAGCAAGGAAAAGAAGAGGACUUGAAAGGAAAGCAAGAAAGAAAGAUUGAAGAUCCUGUCUCGAGCACAAGUGGAAUCGAACAAGGAAAAGAAGAGAACUUGGAAUUAAAGCAAGACAGAAAGAAUGAAGAUCCUGUCUCAUCCACAAGUGGAAUGGAGCAAGGAAAAGAAGAGGACUUGAAAGGAAAGCAAGAAAGAAAGAUUGAAGAUCCUGUCUCGAGCACAAGUGGAAUCGAACAAGGAAAAGAAGAGAACUUGGAAUUAAAGCAAGACAGAAAGAAUGAAGAUACGCCAGUGAGACAGAAUAUAUGUAUCGAGGAUGAUGAAAUCCCUUCAAGUCAACGAUGA